UUCCGUAACUCCAUUCCUGAGAAUCAAGUUCACCAGAUGUUCCACGGUUGAGUGAAGAGCCAAUGAGAUGGCAUCUGCUGUGGGCCUGUUGCUUUGAUAGGCAAAUUGGAAUGGAUCCAAGUCACCUCUCAGGCAGGAGCUGACUUACUUCAACAUCAGGCUCUCAAAACACUUCAUCACUGUGGAUAUAAACCACUGAAAUGGAGGCAAUAACACAUGGGUUAGAGAAGAAUGGUCAAUUACCAGAAUCCUCUUGCGAAGAAGAGCUCCAGGAACUAUUGCAUCAAAUCGAUGUCAUGGUGAACCGGAAAAAAAUUGAAUGGGAACAACAGUCGCAAAGUCUUGAGACCCAGCUUGAAAUGCGUGAGCUAGAAUUGGUCAAUGUACGCACAUGCCUUGAUUCAAAACAGCAUGAGGUAGAUGAGCUUCGUCAGCAGUUACAAGAUGUUGAAAACUCCCAUAAACUAAUGAUACAGAAGUAUGAAGAACAGUUUAAAUCCUUGAAAUUUGAUCUCGGUCAACUGCAUAGUACCUAUGAGAAGCUGCAAAACCAUCAAGAAAAGAAAGCCAAUGAGAAAUAUAAGAAAAUGGAGUUAAAACUUUUAGACCUCCAGACUGAAUUGCAAUCACGAGAUGAUCUACUGCAAGUAAACCACUUGGAGCAGAAACAGCUACGGAAGGAGCUAGCCAGAGUCAGACAAUCCGUAAUGCAAAAAGAUGAUGUCCCUAGGCUUGAAUUAUUACAAAGACAUUGUAAUCAGCAGAAGGAUGAGCUUGGCAGAAAGGAUGAAGAGUUACGAAGACUGCAGAAUAAUCAUGUGGACAGGAACAAGGAAAGCAAUAAAUUCAGGAAUUGCAUCUGCGAGAAGGAACAGUCACAUAUCUCUGAGUUGAUGGGAAUUAGAACAGAGGUCUCUAACCUCGCUAGAACACUUGAUCAAAAAGAAAUCACCAUAGCAACUGUCACAGAGAAAACUGCUCAUCUGGAAAAGCAACUCAGCACUGAACUGGAAAAAAAAGAUCAAAUUUCAGUUGAAUAUUGGAUGGUCGUGGACCAACUUGAGUCUCUUAAAGAGGAGAACAAAGACUUAAAAGAAACAUUGCAAAGCUUGGAGGGCAACCGAUCGAAGAUAGAAAAUAAUCAACUGAAGGAGCUUCAGAAUGCUUAUGCAGCCUCUAUCCAUAAACUGGGUUCUGAUAAUAAACUGUUACAGAAGGACUUGGUAAGACUAAAGGCAGAACUGGAAACAUCUGCAAGGACUAGCAAGGAAAAAUAUGAGGCAGCUCUCCGACAUACACAGUAUGCUAUGGCAGAGCUGAAAGAACAUGAAAACAGGAGAGCAAAGAAAUUGCAAGAAGAAAAUGAGAAACAAAUGAGGAACAUGGAAACCAAGCUUAAACAAACUGUACAACAUUAUGAAGAGAAAAUCAAGAGCCUGCAGAAGAACUGCAGCAUUCAGAAGUGUUUUAAUAUGUCUGCACCACAUUUUGGAAGCACAGAAAACAGAGAGUAUUCACCAGAAAGAAACUUAACACCCACAGUUAUAACGGCAGAUACUUGUUGCAAUGAUAUGAAUGAACCAUUUGCUGAUGUAAAUAAAUCUGGUGAUUCUCUAUCUACUGUCUUUACCAACGGGAGCUUCCUGCCAUUGUCUCCCACAGGGGUAUCAGAUACUUCCUCAGUAACAGCACAUUUCCUCGAAGAAGAAGAAGAACGAGCCCGGGUGUUGGAGAAGUUGCUUAAUUCCCAUAUUGAUGAACUGAAGUUGGAAUCAAAGCAUACACUUAACAUGCAUGCAGGAACCAAAAUAGAUUUACCAGAUACAAUAUAUUCAUGUUGCCAAUGCACUUGUCAAGAUAUCUGAAAUGGUGUGUACUGCCUGAUGUUGGUCUAUGUAGAACAUAGUAAAUGAAUUAAAUUCCUGAUUUUACCCAUUAAUUGCAAAAUUAAUUUAAUUAUGUUCCUGAAUUACACAUUAAUUGUGAUUAUGUAUGUGCAUAAAUUUACUAAAUUUAUUUAAUUAAUUUGUAGUUUCCAUAAGAGAACUUUUGUUGGUGAAAAAUAUUUUUGUAAGUAUCAUCGUAAAGCCACUAACAUGAUGAAGGAAGCCCUGCACACCGCAAGAGGUGGACGGCCUUCACUGCUGCCCCCAACGCCAGUGAAGGACCGGGCAGAAAGAGGAGGAUACAUCAUCAUGAACGUAUUUGCAGUUACUUUAAAAUUAAAGAUUUUUUAAAAUAUUUCAUUACCAGCCUUAUGUUGAGGCAUCGAUACAAUUGAUGAAAUCACAAGGUAUGACUGGAUGAUUAUGAGA